UCAAAAACCCAAAAGAAACAUUGCUUUGUGGCAAAUACAGCGAGCAGCGAAUGGCUAGUGGCUUCCUGUUGACUGCUGCUCCAUUUCUACCUUCCCAAAGUAAGCCCUUUCUGAUUCUUAGUAUAAAAUAAUAUUGAAAAGAAUUAAUCACGUACUUAUUUCCAACAGGAAAUGAAGUGGGUGGUCUUCUGGGACAAAUGAAGAGCUCAUUCCGAGGCAAAGUAGGAUAUAAGCAAUGUUUUUUAAGAAGAGCGUCCAAUAGUCCUCGUGGAGGCAGACCUGUUGUUGCAUCAGUGCUUGGAAGGAAGGUCCAAAAGAAAGAAACUGUGGUUCCUGAUCCAGAUUAUCGCAUACCGGUUGUCCUACUCGGUCUAGCUGGUGGAUUAGCUUAUACUGAUAACCUAUUACCAGCUGCACCUGUUGGUCUACUUGGGUUGCUUCUGUUGUUCCAGACUACUCGAGUUAGAUUUGUCUUCGAUGACGAGGCACUGGAGGUGAAAGCUGGGGACAAGCUUCAGGAUUCAGGUGAAAAUGUCUUUGUUGGUGGCAAAAACCGAUGGAAGUACUCAACAUUUGUGAAUUGGGAACUUUGGUGGCCAAUUUUCCCCAUUCUGGUGUAUUUUAAGGAGACUCAGACAAAGCCUGAAGGACAAGUUCACUUUUUCCCGGUCAUUUUUAACGGAAAACAACUCUACGACGUAAUGUUAGAAAGAGCGGGUCUUUCAAAAACAAGCGGUCCAAAAUAAUCGAGAAGAUUUGGAUUUAUAUGAUGAGAGAUUCCGAGAUCAAACUUCAAAAGCAUAAGGUUUGAGCUUUCCAUGCCCGUCAUUUAUUUGAAGCAUCAUAAGUGCAUAUUGCAUCUCUAGACUGCACCUGGUAUUCAUUAUCAGAUCAAUCAUGUAUUGAUCCACAAUUUGUACUGUAUUCAGCUAUAAACGAUGUAAUACUUGAGGGUUUUGAUUAUAAUUUCAGGGUUUUGUAGGGGUCAAAUAUUUGGCCAAUUGUAAUAGAUUAUUCUCAUUAAUAUGAACCAGGCUUUAUGGGAAGUUUGA